AUGGCCGACAGCAAUGGCUCCAGACCGGAUGAAGGCACCUUUUGGGCUCCGGGAACGCUACGACUAGAGGAUUUGACGGGGCCCGCAACGGACGUCAUCCUCCACCCAGUGCCUAGCACCGAACCAGAUGACCCCUUGAACUGGAGCAAAUUGCGCAAGACCAUCAACUUCGGCUUGACCGGCUUCUUUGUCCUUUGGACAUUUGUACAGCUCCAGAGCGGCACGACAUCAUGGGGUCAAAUUGCGCCUGAACUGGGCUUCAGCAACGAUCAGCUGAAUAAUGGAGGCGCUAUGAGCUGUGCUGGGCUUGCAGUCGGCUGCAUGCUCUUCAUGCCGUUCGUACACAAGUACGGACGACGACCUCUGUACCUGCUCAGCUCUGCGCUCCAGUUGAGUGGAGUGUUGUGGCAGACCCAGAUGGCGAACUAUGGUGACUAUUUGGGCAGCAACUUCCUUGCUGGACUGGGCGGUGCUAUCAGCGAGGCCGUCAUCCAGAUCACCAUUGCCGAUUUGUUCUUCGUCCAUCAACAUGGAACGAUGAACGCAUGGUACCUCGUCUUCACGUCCGUGGGUGCCUCCCUCGGUCCGGUAGCCGCCGGCUUCGUUGUGGAGUCACAAGGCUGGAGAUGGAUCUGGUGGUGGUGCACAAUCUUCCUCGGUCUAAACUUCGUCCUCGUCAUGUUCUUUUUCGAAGAGUCCAAGUACGUCCCUUUUCUCAAUGGUCAGAGUGUGCCACAUACGGCUGGCACUUCUGGCUCGGAUGGACUCGAGGACGGCCGUCCCGACUCAGGGCUGCAAAAGGCCACAGACGGCAAAGGCGACGCAAAGCACACCGCCAUGGAGCGCAUACAAUCCCGAAUUGACACCUCCUUACCACGAAAAACUUAUCGUCAGCGCAUGGCCAUCGUCACCCCUUCCAAUCAACGCAUCGGCCACCACUUCUACCAGCCAAUCGUUGUCUUGUUCACGUUCCCUGCCGUGGCCUUUGCUGCACUCACUUAUGGGACCCUACUGGCGUGCAUGGCAUUGAUGAGCUCAUUACAGGCCGUUUACCUGUUGCAACCACCAUACAACUUUGGAGCUUCUGGCGUUGGACUCAUGAACAUUGCUCCGUUCGUUGGCACGUUCUUUGGAUUCUUCGCGGGUGGUUUCCUGAACGACAGAUCGAUCAUGUACUUCGCCAGGCGGAAUGGAGGCAUUUACGAACCAGAGAUGCGCCUGUGGAUCACUCUUAUCUCAGCAAUCCUGCUCCCGGGCGGUAUCCUGAUGUUUGGGCUAGCCUUAGCCAGGAUCCUCGGAGAUGCUAUGAUAGGCAUCGUCUUUGUCCGGAACCUAUUCGCCGUGGUCAUCCUCUUCGCACUCACGCCGUGGACGAACAAUAUGGGUAUACAGAACGUCUCCAUCAUCACGGCGGCUGUAUGCUUUGCGAUCUUGCUAAUCCCCAUCCCCUUGCUAUUGUGGGGCAAGAAGAUCAGGGUUGCGACGGCGACGAAAUACAAGCGCAUGGCAAUGCGACAGCCAGCCCAUAGAACACUUGAGUAG